AUGAGUGGAAGCAACAAUAAGGCCGGUGCCGCGUCGAAGCCGGGCCAAGGCGGAUUCUCAGCGAUAGGGCCCGGUAGCCAGUCGCUUUUACUGGACAAGCUCAACGUACGGAGAUCGACUCCAGAUUCGGAGGCUCUCGCGAGCUCGGAUGACGAGGCCGACCCCCAUCGUCAGGAUCAGUCUCAUCCGUCCAUCCAGCAUCAAAAUCCUGUCCGUCGUGCCUCUUGGCUCAACGACGCCUCUCAGGCCUCACCAUCGCAACCCAGAAAAGGCUCCUUUGCGAGCAGCAACAUGUCGCCGACAGCCUCACACCCCAGCACUCCUUCUGCCGAACCAGGCGUCGGUGUUUGGGGCUCCCACUCUGCCCACAAUGCUGCCAUGAACCGUCCCCACCAAGCUCCGCCCGCUUUCCCAUGGGGAACUGGUAUCUGGAACACAGACCGCAGCAAGGAGCCACCGUCUAGGUUGAGUGAGGUUCUCCCAUCUCCCACCUCUAGUGGUCCCGGUAGUGCCAGCUUUUUCAACGGGGAGAGUUCUAUGUCACAAAUGUCUCAGAUGUCGCAGACGUCGCCUGGUCCACGCGAGCCCGGCUCCAACUCUCAGAUUCCAUUUGCCAUACCCCUUCAUCCCACUCCCAAGACGUAUCGAUCUCAAUCGUACUCAGUUGGCCAGCUCGAACCUGACUCUGGUGCUGCUGCCGCGAUCCCCUCGUCCAGCAUGAUGCCGGGACGAGGACGGCCGAUUGGACAUUCCGGGCUGCAACAUCGACCGUCGCGACCUAGUAUGUUGAGUGAGAUGUCCAAUGAAGGGGGCAUGCUAGGCAAGGUCAAGGAGGACGAGGAUGAUGAUGAUGAUAGCAACCACAGCCCCAAACAUGGAAACCACAUACACCAGUCAGCCGAAUCUAAGACGAUUGAGAUGCUCACUAGGGAGAAUGCGAUGCUGCGUCAACAACAACAGUAUCAGAACUCUCGGCUCCGACCACGGGCAUCGACAGCAGCGACAUACGGACUCGGCAACGGCUAUAGUGUCCACGAAGCCGUGCCCGAAGAGUCCGAUUUCGCCAUCGACGAGCUUGAUGAGGCCAAUGACGGGCAAGAGGCGGCAGUUAAGCGUGCUCUAGGUAGACGCAUGAGUGAAUUUGGUGCGGGUAUCUAUGCCAAUCGAUCGCCGUACCCGGUUGAGAACAGAAAACUGGAGAACGUCAAGAAGAAUUUCUGGCAGAGCUCGUUGGGAUUUGGCGGCGGCAUCGGUGACAUCCCGCAGAGUCGCAGGCACUCAUUUGCCGAUGUGCCCACCCGACAGGCCUCGAUAGGCUCGGUCGGAGAGGCUGUUGGUCUGCAUGAGUCGAAGUCCCCCGAUUUGUCGCAUUCGCAAGACUACGGGGCAUUCUCCGACGCUGCGGGGUACAACACCACCAGUCCUGUGUCGUACUUCUCUGGCAACAGCCAGGUUCCCGGUGCCCCACACCAAACCAUUGCGAGCUCGGCUUAUGGAAACCCCUAUCCGUCGCCGUAUGGUGGCAUGCCGUCUACUUAUGCCAAUCGUCCCCCUUCGCCGCAUCGCAACAUGUAUGGUAUAAGUCAGCCAAGACAUAACCAGCUGCUCCACAUAGUCCUCUUCAAAUGCUCACGAGCGGACGUCUUCUAUAUCCAGGAGGGUACUGGAUUGACAGUCAAGCCGGGUGACCUCGUCAUCGUCGAAGCAGAUCGGGGUACUGACCUCGGUACCGUCGAUCGAAGCGAGGUUGACUGGCAGACGGCCAAGGAGCUCAAGGAGCACUACGCCGAAGAGCACUAUAAGUGGCUAAUGAUGUACUCUCAGAAUGCUGCUGCCGCUCAAGAGGGCACUGGAGCCGGGUUGAUGGCUGCUUCAAACGGUAUGCAGGGCAGCGCCAUCGGUGGCAUGGGCCCACCCAGCCAGCACCAUAUGCAAGAACCCUCGGCUGGUGAACUCAAGCCGAAACUCAUCAAGCGUCUUGCUCAGAGUCACGAAAUCCACAAUCUUAGGGAGAAAGAGGGCAACGAGGCAAAAGCGAAACGUAUCUGCAUGCAAAAGGUCAAGGAGCACGGUCUCAACAUGGAGAUUCUCGACGCUGAGGAUUGGAAGAAGCUGACGUUCUACUAUUUUGCGGACGCGUACAUCAACUUCAACUCCCUCGUCACUGAUUUGUUCAAGAUCUAUAAAACCAGAAUUUGGAUGUCUGCCAUCAACCCGGCUUCCUUUGCCAGCCCAACUCUUGGUUUGCAAGCACCAAGUGGCAUAGGGCCAGGCGCUGUUGGCUUGGGAAGAGGUGGCGGUGCUGCGUCCACAAAUACGGAGCGACGACAAAACCAACAGGAUCAACCACCCACGUUCGCUGGAGGUAAUUCUGCCAGCCGGCCAUUCCAGUCUACCUUCAAUCAGCCUUUCACCUCGGAACGCUCUGGUGUUCCAAAUAGUGCAUACCCCCCAGCAGCCUACCCUUACUCUGGCUACGGCGCCUUUGGGAGUGGAGGUGGUGGCGGCGCUGCGCGGGGAGGUGCUCUCCCAUACGCACCCGGCAUGAUACCAGGCAUGGACGGUUACCCUAGCAGCUUUUCUCAAGCCGGCGACUACCAAGCAAUGCGAAAUCGAUUCCCAAGCCCCCACACCGCCUCGUCGACUCAAGACCCUGCUAACUCCGCUGUCCCGGGACAAAAUGAAUGGGUUGGGGCCUUCCAGGGAUUAUCCCUGAACUCUCGUUAA